AUGGAGCAAAAAAAAGAAAAGCUUGUGGUGUGAUUGACUCCUGUCGAAACGGGCGCUGACAUCUUGUACCAUUCGACAGGCACCAUUCGCGAGCGGUCUCGAUCGCCGAUCGGCUUCGAGACCCUCGCCGGACCAUCAAACGCGCCAAUUCCGCCACCGCAACAGCCGGCGCAAAUCGAGGUCUCCAUCGAUUUCACAAGACCCGAUGGGCAGAGAACUCGCCCACUCCUCGUGGAAAAUAGAAGACUUUAUGUAGAUGAGCAUUACAUUUCUGUGUGGUCGCCAGUAUUAAGGGCUUGGUGCGUCGAAUGUCCGGAUCGCGAGCUGAUCCUUGCCAACGUUCAAUACGAGCACGUCCUCGAAAUGCUCGAAUGCAUCCAUCCAACCUACAAGGCCGUCGACGAUCAAUCGGUCCACAUUCUUCUACCACUCGCCUAUGAUUAUCAAAUGGAAGGCCUCCUUCAUCGCUGCGAGUGUUUCCUAAUUAGCCACAAUUUGCCAUUCUUGGAAAAAGUCUGGAUAGCUGAUAGAUAUAAGCUGAAUCGCCUUCUAGUAUUAUGCCUUAGGGAAAUGCGGCCAAAUAGCAAAGUCGAUCUCAACGGGUCCCGUUAUUAUGCACUUUCCGAUAGGGUCAAAGUGUUGCUAUUAGAAAGGUUACACGGAGCAGCAGCGCCAGAGGAAAUUCUCGAGCCGCCUCUAGACCUCGAGCCGUAUCUUCGCGUCUCCGACGUGAACUUCGUGGCAGUUCGCGCAAAAACCGGCCGCGUCUACUACGUGAAUCCCUACUACAUGGCGGCCUGGUCGAAGGUGUUUGAGGACAAAAUCUGCACGACCUUAUCCGGCGUCGAAGAGAUGUUUUGCCCAUGUUCGCACGAGGAGCUUAAAGCAUUCCUAAUGGCGAUUCAUCCACCACAACUUAGGAUUAAUGAAACCAACAUAGGACCGAUAUUAAUGUCGGCGUGCAAAAUGGAGUCAUCCGCGUUGCUGCGGAAAUGCGCCAAUUUGCUGCUCUCGCCGCACACCCAGCUAUCCGUGUUCGUUCGACUCUCUCUUCUUGAUCGUUGUUUUUUGCACGAAAUGCUACCGCAGUGCUUGCAAAUGGUCGCACGACCCGAACAUCUCAUUCAAAUGACGCAACAGACGACGUAUGAUUGCCUAUCGACACGCGCCAAGGCCGCCAUGAUGGACCGUCUCGGAAUUCUGCUGGAGAAUCCCGGCCUCCAAACCCAUCAAUGUCAACGCUGCAAGGCGACGAACACAUGCACCUCAGUUACCUGGAUGUGUCCCCAAUGCAAGACCUAUUCAACCGACGCCAGUCUUCUACGCAACAACAACACAACAACAGCAGCAGUAGCAACUGGCACCACUACAACAAUGAUGACAAACCAAUCAAUUCGAUAA